AUGCCGGCAGGUGACGGAGUGCACGGACGAGAAGCUUCAGGAACCGGGACAUCAACGGCUGGAGAAAUGCUGCUUCCGCCCUUCCUGGUGGUGAGAGAUGCUGGCCAUGCACCCGUGAAUGGCCGCUAUAUUCCGGAUGGGACUUUGUCUGGCAAGCCCAAGUACAAGCAGGUGGGUGGCCAUUCGAUCAUCUUCUUCAUGGAGGGUCGUUGGAGGUUGAACGAUGAGGACGUCACCGACGAGCGUUGCUACGACGCGUUAGUGGAGGAGAGCGUCGAGAGCGUCGAGGUCGAGGAACGCAUGGAGCAGCAGCUCUCUGCCAGCGCUUCUGCGGUGCCUCCAAGUGAAUGGGUGCAGUUUCAGUCCCGCUUCGGAGCGGUGCCCCGGCUUGCCUUCGGAACGGGCCGCGAUCUUCAGGAAGACGAUGUGGUGACCAUUAGUUCGAGCCAUGAGGAGCUCGAUUGGUCGGGAUGUCCCGAAAAUGAGGAGGAGCGACGCUUGAGUUUGAGCAGUGCACCAUGGACGCUCCGAGUCCAAAAGCUUUCGGGCGGCGAUUGGUUUUACUCCACGGAAUUUCCGCAGAAAGUGGUGCCCGUGGCUGCUGUGGACGUGGUGAAUUUGAUGGGCAAGGCGUUUCGUGUUUGUCUCGAGGGCAACUCUGAACUGAAGCCGCGAGCUUCGCGUGCAACCACCCACGGAGGACACGGAGGAUCUGAAGCUGCUUCGAAUCCCGAACCUCCUCCAACACCCUUCCUGGUGGUGGUCGGUGCUGGACAUUCACGAGUCAAUGGCCGGUACGUUCAUGAUGGUACAUUUUCAGGCAAGCCCAGAUAUAAGCAGGUGGAUGGCACCUCCAUCAUCUUUUUCACUGCUGGCAAGUGGCGGCUGAACGACGAGGAGAUCACGGACGAGCGUUGCUACGACGGCAUGCAGGGCGAUGUGCCCAUGCCACCGGACGCCUGGGUUCAAACGCACCACCGCUAUGGCACGGUGCCACAGGUGUCUGUGGGAACGGGCCGUGAUCUGCUGGUGGGCGAUGUGGUGAGCAUUGUGAAGGGACAGGAUGAGGUCGAUUGGUCCGGCUGUCCCGAGAGCGACCGCGCCAAGCACUUGCCCUUGGCGACCGCUGCUGGGCGCGGUACCGGUGGCCCUCGCCCGCGCACGGUGACGGUGCACCGCUUGCUGGGCGAGUGGUUUUAUCCCCGCGAGGCGUCCGAGUUGAUCGCCCCGGUGGCUGCCCUGGGCACGGUCACGUUGAUGGGAAAGCCGCAGCUUCUCGAGACUAGGGUGAGUACGUCUGCGCCAAACCCGUCAGGAGCCGAAGCUGCUCCAACACCUUUCCUGGUAGUGGCAGGUGCUGGCUAUGCACCCGUCAAUGGCCGCUAUGUUCAUGAUGGCACUUAUGCAGGGAAGCCGAGGUACAAGCAGGUGAGUGGCAACUCCAUCAUCUAUUUCAUGGAGGGCAGGUGGAGGAUGAAUGAUGGUGAGACCACUGCGGGUGAGCCAAAGUACGAGGCUCCUCCGAACCACCUUCCGAUGCCACCCUGUGAAUGGUCCACAGACCUGGAGGAGUUCCAGCCGGCUCCCACCUUGUCGAUGGGCACGUGCAAGGAUAUUCAAGAAGGCGACCAAGUGACCAUCGUUGCAUGGGAUGAGGACGUCGAUUGGUCUGGUUGUCCGGAAUCCAGUGAAGCCCGGCUGCGCUUCUCGCCCUCCUCGUGGACCGUGACGGUGCACCGCGUCACGCGCGGCGCGUGGUUUUAUCCCAAGGAGUUUGAGACCUUGGUGGCGCCUCUGGCAGCCUUGGGCUUGGUGAACUUCAUGGGAAAGGCUUACAGCAUCCACGGUGCACAGCGAGGACCUGCUCGAAGUCCGGCCAUGAGGAAUCUGGGAAAGGAGGAGAAACGCAAGGGCAAGAUCGGCGGAGGACAUGAUGAGGACUGGUGCGACGAGCCGGCGACUGAACGCUUUAAGUGUGCCAUUUGCUUGCUGGUCGCCCGGGGCGCCAUGGUGCACAAAUGCGGCUCGGUGCUCUUCUGCAAGAGCUGCUGGAAGCAGUCCACCGCCAAGAACGGCAAAGCGGCGAAAUGCCCGGUCUGUCGCAAAGGGGGUGCGAGCGUGCAAGCCCACUGCGAGCGGCGCUGCAUCGACAAUCUGCAGAUCCGCUGCCCGAAGCGCUGCGGCGCCACCUUUCCCCUCUGCGAGAAGGGCAAGCACCUCCGGACCUGCGCCGGGCCGGACGCGGUUUCCGCGGCGUCCGCCGCCGUGUCCGCCGCGGUCUCCGCGCCGCCGGGGCCGGGCGUGGCGCGCGCCGAGACGGUGGAGUCCGUGGAGGUGGACAGCGGCAGCGACGAGGGACCCGAGGAGUCAACGGAGAUUUGCGGAUGGCAGGUGACUCAGGUGACCAAAGGCUUUGUUUGGGGCACGGAGGAUGCAGAUGAGGAGGGCUCCAAGGAUGUUUGCUCCACCUGCAGGAUGAGUUGA